GAUCCAAACUACAUCCCAACCUUCGUCGAAGAUAUGCAUUCACUCUCUCUUAAACUAACUACACGUCGUUUCGCAACUGAAUCAUUAAACUCCACGCCGUCUAUCUACGCACUGAUCCAAUGCCACGACGAUCUUUCACCGUCCGAUUGUCAGCUCUGUUACGCGAUUGCACGCACGCGCCUCCCUCGUUGUCUACCUUCUUCCUCCGCAAGAAUCUUCCUCGACGGUUGCUUCCUUCGUUACGAAACUUACGAGUUUUACGAUGAAUCAGUCUCCAAUACGUCGGAUAGUUAUUCAUGCAGCAACGACACCGUUUUGGAUCCUCUGUUCGGGUUUCAAGUUUCGGAAACUGCGGCGAGAGUCGCCGUUAGAAAAGGAGGGUUUGGAGUCGCCGGAGAGAGUGGAGUACACGCGCUUGCUCAGUGUUGGGAGAGUUUGGGGAAAGAAGAUUGUAGGGUUUGUUUGGAGAAAGCUAUUAAAGAAGUGAAACGAUGCGUUUCGAGGAGAGAAGGAAGAGCUAUGAACACAGGGUGUUAUCUUAGAUACUCUGAUCAUAAAUUCUAUAAUGGUGAUGGACAUCAUAAAUUUCAUGUGUUUUUUAACAAAGGUGUCAUCGUGGCUAUAGUCUUGACAACGUCAGCAUUCGUCAUGCUCAUUCUCUUGGCAACGUAUGUCAUUAUGUUAAAAGUAUCAAAGACCAAACAAGAACAAAGAAACUUGGGUCUAGUUUCGAGAAAAUUCAACAACUCAAAGACGAAGUUCAAGUACGAGACUCUAGAGAAGGCAACAGAUUACUUCAGCCCCAAGAAAAUACUAGGGCAAGGAGGAAAUGGCACCGUUUUCUUAGGAAUCCUUCCAAAUGGCAAGAACUACGUGCCUAACAAAAGCCUCGACCAAUUUCUCUUUGAUGAGACUCAAAGCAAGGUCUUAAACUGGAGUCAGAGGCUAAACAUAAUCCUGGGAACAGCGGAAGGACUGGCUUACCUACACGGUGGAUCUCCGGUGAGGAUUAUUCAUCGUGACAUCAAAACUAGUAAUGUUCUUCUAGACGACCAGCUCAACCCAAAGAUCGCAGAUUUCGGUUUGGCUCGAUGUUUUGGUCUGGACAAAACUCAUCUUAGUACCGGCAUCGCAGGAACUCUAGGUUACAUGGCUCCAGAGUAUGUUGUUAGAGGACAGUUAACGGAGAAAGCAGACGUUUAUAGCUUCGGAGUUCUUGUUCUCGAGAUCGCUUGUGGAACAAGAAACAACACUUUCGUACCAGUGACAGGUCAUCUCCUACAAAGAGUCUGGAACCUCUAUACACUGAGUCGAUUGGUCGAAGCUCUUGACCCAUGUCUAAAAGAUGAGUUUCUUCAAGUGCAAGGCAGCGAAGCUGAAGCUUGUAAAGUUCUUCGUGUGGGAUUGUUAUGCACACAAGCUUCUCCAUCGCUGAGACCGUCAAUGGAAGAAGUGAUUCGUAUGUUAACCGAGAGAGAUUACCCGAUUCCAUCUCCAACCAAUCCUCCCUUCUUGAGGAUUAGCUCUCUAGCUACAGACCUAGAGGGCGGCAGUACUAUAUCUAAAAGCACCAAUAGUACUACGACGUUUAACACGAUGGUCAAAACCGAUCAAACUUCUUAUACCUCUUCAGAAUCUUCUACUACUCGUACAAACUAAUGAUUUUUUCCCUAGAAUAUAUUUCACCAUUUCUU